CAGCACAAGACUUCGAGGAGACGUUUCAACGAUGAAGAUGUUAAUGCCUUUAGUUUUUGCUCUGAUAUUCAAUUUUCUUACAUCGGCAACAGUUGUUCAAGAUUUCAAUCAUGUAGAGAGGUGCAAGGACUCUCUGUAUAUGGGGACUCCACCACGGGGAAUCAUCGAGACCAAACUGAAGAAGAUCUGCCAACGCUACGCCGACAAACCUCGAUACGUGACCCUGUAUGAUCCUCAAAAGCGGAUCCCGGUUUACUCAGCUUACACCUUCAAGAAAACAGAAGGAGACCGACGUGUGGAUUACCCUUGGAUGUAUGAGCCACAGCUGGCAGAAACUGAUGGAAAUGGAAACAUGCUGCCGUUCCCCACUGGGUACCUGCACAUGAAGUUUGAGGACAGCCAGGCAGUGCUGGAUGACUAUUCUGAUGUGGUUCUUUAUGAAAGAGGUCACCUGAACCCAGACCAGCACCAGUCCACUCCACACGACCGUGCUGCCACUUACACCCUGACCAAUGUGGUCCCAGAGAUUCGGGAGUUCAACAUUGGCCCUUGGCGUGAGUAUGAGGAGCGGAUCCGGGUCCGCCUCAACAACUUCUGCCGUGGCACUGCCUACAUCGUCACUGGAGUGACCACCAGGGGCAACAUGAUCCGUCGGAACAACCAGGACCGUGUGGCCAUCCCUGAAGAUGUGUGGUCCGCUUACUGCUGCACUGACUACGACCACAACUCACCUCACGAUGUUCGUAUCCGCUUCCCAUCCCACGCAGUCUUGGCCAAGAACGCCAAAGAGGGCAACAGUGUUCAUGAGAUGCCGGUCCAGGAGCUUGAAAACUUUCUGAAAAAUCACAUGGAUGUUGAUCAGAAUCUUCAGAUCUUCUAUGACAACUGCAUCUCUCCCUCACCCCUUCCUCUUUACCUGCAACACACCAUCUGAGAGCUAUCCCAGCUACACCUGCUGUGUACAUGCAGGUUUCUGUGUACUUCCACAAAUUAUAGUACACAUUUAUGCCUUUUUGCUAAACCUUAUAAAAAAUCAGAUAUUGUAAUAACUCUCUUUAGUGGCAAAUUAAAUUUUGUCCUGCAGAUUAUUCUGAAAUUAUCCUUUGGAAAAAACUUGUUGAAAAUUUUAAAGGAACCAAUUUGUUCUGUAUUCAGCAAGAUUUUGUAGAUGCAGGUUUUUCCUUCAUUUUCUCUCCUUUUACAAACAACCACUGAAACAUAAUUUAUAGAAGAGCUAUUUCGUUGACAAGAGGAUUAAUAAUACUGCUGUGUGGGAGGCUAUGGGAAUGGGCUCAUUUAAUAAAACAUCCU